AAAACAUUUAACAAAACAAAAUAGCCGGUGUAUUCUCCCAAAUAAAUCCCCAUACAAACCCUCUCUCUUCCCAGUCUACACUCUAGAGAGAGAGAGAGAUAGACUGAUAGAAAGAAAGAAAGCAAGAAACCAAAUACCAGCAGGGUCCUGCCUUGCACUGCUCCUCUUUCUUGUUUCUCUUUCUUGAUAUCUUUUUCCUGUUUCCUUCUCUCCUCUUAUUAUCUCUCUCUUGUUCUUCUUCUUCUUCUUUUCAUCUCUUAUCUGAUUUGCUUCUCUCAUUUGCCUCAACUGAGGAUGAGAUGAAGGCAAAAGGCUUACCUUGGAUACUUGUUCUUCUACUUCUUCUUUCAUUCCUACUUUUGUCGUGUAGUGCAUUCUCCAGCACUGGGCUCUCCGAUGCCGACGCGGCUCGCAUUCGCCGGCGCCAACUCCUAUCCUACAACGACGAGUUCAGCGACCGCGGCGAAGCUGUGACAGUGCCACCUUACUUCCACUUCCCAAACGAGAACCAGCGCAACGCUUACAUCGCUCUUCAAGCAUGGAAACUCGCCAUCUUCUCCGACCCUUUGAACCUCACCGGCGACUGGGUUGGCCCCGGCGUUUGCAACUAUACUGGUGUCUACUGUGCUUUUCUCCCUUCAAACUCUUCCCUUUUCGUCGUCGCCGGCAUCGACCUUAAUCACGGCGACAUUGCCGGUUAUCUCCCUGAAGAGCUUGGUCUUCUCACGGAUCUCACUUUGUUUCACAUUAAUUCUAACCGGUUUUGUGGCAUUAUUCCUCAUAAGUUCGAAAAGUUGAAGCUUUUGUUUGAGCUUGAUCUGAGUAACAAUCGGUUCGCCGGAAAGUUUCCCGGCGUUGUUCUCCGGCUACCGUCUCUCAAGUUUUUGGAUCUCAGGUUCAAUGAGUUCGAAGGAACGGUGCCAAAGGAGUUGUUUGACAAGGAUCUCGACGCCAUUUUCAUCAAUAACAAUCGGUUUGUGUUUGACCUUCCUGACAACUUCGGCAACUCACCGGUCUCCGUCAUCGUCGUCGCCAACAACCACUUCCACGGCUGCGUCCCUUCCAGCAUCGGCAACAUGUCAAGGCUCAACGAGAUCCUUCUAUUGAACAAUGGUUUGAGUUCUUGCUUCCCGCCGGAGAUCGGCCGGUUGAAGAACCUCACCGUCUUCGACGUCAGCUUCAACAAACUAGUCGGACCAUUGCCGGACUCCCUCGGAGGAUUAGUGAGCUUAGAGCAGCUCGACGUCGCUCACAACUUGCUCUCUGGCACCAUUCCUAAGUCCAUCUGUGAGCUCCCACACCUCAAGAACUUCACCUAUUCUUACAACUUCUUCACAGGUGAACCACCGCAGUGUUUGGCCGUGCCGUCCUUCGACGAUCGCCGGAACUGCUUGCCUGGCCGCCCAGCCCAGAGGUCCGCCGACAAAUGUAAGUCUUUCUUGUCUCACCCGGUGGAUUGCAACUCCUUCAGAUGCGCUCCUUUCGUUCCUAGUCUCCCUCCUCCUCCUCCUCCUUCUCCCCCUCCGCCGGUCAUCUUACCCCCUCCUCCUCCGCCACCAUCACCUCCUCCUCCAUCUCCUUCUCCUCCGCCACCAUCGCCUCCCCCUCCAUCUCCUUCUCCUCCGCCACCACCCUCGCCUCCUCCUCCAUCUCCUUCUCCUCCGCCACCAUCACCACCACCUCCUUCUCCACCACCACCAUCACCACCACCUCCAUCUCCAUCACCGCCCCCUCCAUCUCCUCCGCCACCAUCGCCCCCACCUCCAUCUCCACCACCACCAUCACCUCCGCCACCAUCGCCAUCGCCGCCUUACUGCGUCCGAUCACCACCACCAUCACCACCACCUCCACCUCCUCUAUUUUCCCCUCCUCCCAUCCACUCACCGCCUCCUCCCUAUCAUUAUUAUUCUCCGCCGCCGCCUUCUCCUUCUCCUCCGCCACCUUCACCUUCUCCACCACCUCCUCCACCACACUCCCCUCCACCUCCCGUUUACCCAUACCUCUCUCCUCCACCUCCACCACCACCAGUUUACUCUCCUCCACCACCUCCACCAAGCUCACCUCCUCCUCCUCCUCCCCCACCUCCAUGCAUAGAACCCCCACCUCCUCCUUCCCCAUCUCCAUCUCCACCACCACCCAUUUACAAACCACCACCAUCACCAUCCCCUCCACCACCAUCCCCACCUUAUCAUUACUACUCACCUCCUCCUCCUUCACCUUCUCCUCCACCACCAAACAUCUACUCAUCACCACCACCACCACCACCUUCUCCAUUGCCCUGUGAAACCCCACCACCUCCUCCACCUGUAUACGAAGGCCCCUUACCUCCGGUCACCGGAAUCUCGUACGCGUCCCCACCUCCUCCACCUUUCUAUUGAUUCUUUUGAGAGUUCAUCCCCUCCUGCCUAACAUUUGUAACCAAAGUUCAGACCUUUUCUCCAUUGUUUGCUUGCUUGUCUUCUUUGCUGUUCUUUCUAUCUAAUACUCCAUUGUGCCAUGAUCCUCUCAUUCAUUCCAAUCCUUUACUUUCUCUUGUUAAACCCAAAAA